CAACCAAUCAGAGUGAACCAGGAAGAACUCAUUGGUGUCUCUGAAGACAUGCUGCAAAUUUGUGUUUUCUUUUCCUUUUCUGCAAAUCUGAAGUAAGCAGUUGUUGUUUAUUAUGGACGGUGACUCGAAUGUAAUGGAAAAUAAGAGUGUUAACCUGAGAAGGAAGAGAGAGGAGACAGAGGAUGCAGGUGGAAAGAUUGCUAAAACAGGAACUGAGUCUUGCUCAGAUGAGUCAGAGAAUCAGAGAAGUGUCCAUGAAGUCAUAACCUUCAAGACGUCUCAUCUACCAGCAGAGCACUAUGAUCCGGACACAACGGAGCCCGUCAGCUCUGCCUUGAAGUCUUUAGAUGAGCUGCUUUCCUGGAAGCCCAGCAGUGCAAAUCCAUUCAACAAGGCCACCGUCCCACUGGAGAAAAGAUGGCCAUCACUGCAAGACUCUCAGAUGAGGACGCUCGUCUGUCAUGACAUGAUGGGAGGAUACCUGGAGGACAGGUUUAUUCAAGGUGCCGAGGUGGACACACCGUACGUGUUCUAUCACUGGGAAUAUAUUGACAUUUUCAACUACUUCAGCCAUCAUAUGGUGACCAUCCCUCCUGUCAUGUGGACCAACGCUGCUCACAAACACGGCGUGCUCUCGCUAGGCACCUUCAUCACAGAGUGGACCGAAGGAGAGAAGAUAUGUGAGGUUUUCCUGGCUGGAGAGGAGCAGUAUCGAUCAGUCGCUGAUCAGCUGGUGCAGAUUGCGCACUGUUACGGUUUCGACGGAUGGCUCAUAAACAUAGAGAAUAUGCUGAGUCAAGGCUCUGUGAAACACAUGGCUCCAUUCCUGCGUUACCUCACUGACCAGAUGCAUGAGCAAGUUCCCGGCAGUUUGGUGAUCUGGUACGACAGCGUUCUGGAGGACGGUAGCCUGAAAUGGCAAAACCAACUCAACAACAGCAACAGAGUGUUUUUUGAUGCGUGUGAUGGAAUUUUCACCAACUAUAACUGGACAGAGAGCAGCCUGGAGGAUAUGGCAUCAGAUCCAGCAGCACAGCAGCGUCUGGCUGAUAUUUAUGUCGGCAUUGACGUGUUCGCAAGAGGAGACGUAGUAGGAGGAAAGUUUGAAACAAAUAAGGCUCUUGAGCUGGUGCGUAAACACAGACUUUCUACUGCCAUUUUUGCUCCUGGUUGGGUUUACGAGUGCCACGACAAGGAGGAUUUCCGCAAGAACCAGGACAAAUUUUGGGGCUUGUUGUCAGACUUCCUUUACAUUCACCGUCCUGAGUGUCCUCUUCCAUUUAUCUCCUCAUUCUGUCAGGGUUAUGGAAGUCAAUUCUACUGGAGAGGGAAGGUAGAGCAGAAUAAAACCUGGAUGAACCUGAGUUCGCAGGAGCUGCAGCCUCUUUAUGUGAUGGAGAAUCUGGAAGCAGGAGGCUGGUUUCAGACUCAAGGCUGCUCAGAGAAAGUGUGGACUGGAGGGAGUUCACUCCUCCUGGAAGGAAUCAUGCCCAAAUCACUGUCUAAAAUCUGUGCCAGGAUAUUUUCACUCCACGUGCCGUUGGCCUCAAGGACGUUCAUAUCAUGUGUCUAUCAUCCGUCAGAAAGAGUGGAUAUCUCUUUAGAGCUGAAAACCACAGAUGCUGCUAUUAGCGAGGAGAUGAUGAUUGGUAAUGUGAUUCCAGUGGGGUUGGAUGAAGAUCAUGAGUUGGUGAAGCAAUUCACUCAGAGCUAUGGAGAGCAGAAUGCAGACGGCUGGAUUAUCAGGUGUUUUCUGCUGGAGGGGUCCAGUAGUACUCUAAGAGAGGUGUGUGUCAGAGUGUCCCGAAAAGAAGCAGAAUCACAGGAUCUUCCAUUUAACUGUAGGAUCGGCCAGAUCAUGGUGUUGGAUCCAGAGUCUAUCUUCAUGCCUAAGUUGCCCAUCGAGAACAUGUGUGUAUCUGAUGUGGUGUGGCACAGAGGAGACGUUGAUGUCAAUGGUAAAGCUACAAAAGUAUUUCUGAACGCUACGCUACACUGGAGCUACCCGACUCGACUGCAACGGUAUUUUCGUGUGUAUUGGCGUCACGUACGUGGUCCGGAUCCUAGGGUCGGGCCUGGACCGCCCGUUCUUAUCGGCCGAGCGUAUUCAACAGUGUACCGUGUGGUAGAGAUUGAGGUUGGACACAAGUUUGGAGUGAUUGACCUGCUAGUGGAGCCGGUGAGCAAAGAAGGUUGCUGCUUGCCUGAGUCUCACUGGGGGAGACAGACCCUGAGCUACACCCAAUCCUCUGAUACAUAAACAUAAACAUACACACAAAGACCGUUUUAGUAAAGCAACUGUAAGUGUGUAUUUUGUAUUGCUACUGCUUUUAAAAAAAUUUUUUUUAAUAAAAUACCUUCCCCUGCCUGUU